AUGAUGAUGAUGAUGGGCGAUCAGCUCCGUUCAAAUCCGACCGUCCAGAUCCCGCCUUGGGAUUACCAUAACGCUGAAGAUCCGACGGCCCACGCCCACUGCGAGAGGGCAAUGGCGGCGCUGCAGCGCUACCUGCCGUCGAACAGGGACGACGAUGGGGAUACGGCGGCGGGGGACGCCGCCGACGAGUUCGACGUCCCGGCGGACGCCUUCUCGUGCGACGAGUUCCGCAUGUUCGAGUUCAAGGUGCGGCCGUGCGCCGUCGCGAGGUCCCACGACUGGACCGAGUGCCCGUUCGCGCACCCCGGCGAGAAGGCGCGGCGGAGGGACCCGCGUAGGCACCGCUACUCCGGGGACGCUUGCCCCGACUUUCGGAGGGGGGAGUGUCGGAGGGGCGACGCGUGCGAGCACGCGCACGGCGUGUUCGAGGCGUGGCUCCACCCGGCGCGCUACCGCACGCAGCCGUGCAAGGACGGGACCCACUGCCGGCGGCGCGUGUGCUUCUUCGCCCACACGCCGGGGCAGCUCCGCCUCCUGCCCCGCUCCCACGGCAGCCCCGAGCUCUCGCCGCCGGUAUCCCCCGGCGGGUCGGCGGGGUGGGACUCGGUGAGUCAGCUCGCCGAGUCGAUGCGCGGCUUGCAGCUCAGCAAGAUGAGGCUGGGUUUGGGCGGCGGGAUGAGCUUGUGCGGGAGCCCACCCUCGUGGGCCGGACUGGGAAUUGGGUCUCCCCGGAGCCCGCCUGUCAUCCGGCCCGGGUUCAUGAGUCUGCCCAGCACUCCUAUUCGGGUGCGGGGCCAGGGCCGGGUCGGAGCCAGCCCGUUCGAUGCUUGGGGAGCUUCGCUUGAGGAGGAACCGGUGAUGGAGAGAGUGGAAUCUGGAAAAGAGCUGCGUGAAAAGAUCUACGCCAAAAUCGGUAAGGAGAACUCGUUGGAGCGAGCCGAACGGGUCGACCCGACGGGUAAUGCGGGUCCGGAUCUUGAAUGGGUUUCGGAGCUUGUCGAAUGGUAA